AUGUCGCGCCCAUUGAAACAUAGAGAUAUCGCCUGCGCUCGCUGUUUCCGUCUCAAGCGGAAAUGUGACCAUGCAAAGCCCUCCUGUGGCGAAUGUCGCCGUAAAGGCGUCGAGUGUUUGCCGGCCAGAUCCCGGAAGUCGGGAGAUAAUAUCACCAUUCCGCUAGAGUAUUUGAGACAACUUCAAGAGCGGGUGGCUGAAUCGGAUCGUCGGUCUAGCACCAUCGAAACUCAAGUGCAGAUGUGUGAUGCUGGUGUUCAGACUGAUUUAGGGGAUCUUGAGGCAUGCAAUGAUUCGGAUUCUUUCUUGGCUGGCCAGGAUUUGACCCCCGACAAUGAUGCGUCUCUCAUGCUCUUAUCUGGGUUGCAGUCUCCUUCUCAACGAUUUUCACGAUCACCGCUCUCUUUCUCGCCGGAUACAUGGUCUUUCUUAUCCUGUGCAACAUUCGACUUUCCGUGGAUGGAUACAACACCUUCAUAUCCGUUGACCGACGGUUCGACAUGGUUGAAAGAGCAAUAUACAAAUGUUUACUUCUCUGUCACACACCGCGAAUGGCCCUUUAUGAACGAAAGCGCUUGGAAGUCCUGGCAUAACGAAGUCUUCAUAGACGGACAAGAUGAAUGGCGACAAUUCUUUCUAAAUAUUGUAUAUGCAAUCGGUGCAUCUCUUUGCAGCACAAUCCAGCGAGAUCUUUCACAUUCAAUACAUUCGAAAGAGUUCUACGCUACGGCAAUGCGAUAUUACCCGCACGUCGUGGGGCAUUCAUCCAUGGUGCUGCAGAUCCAGGCUUCAUUGCUUAUGAUUGUCUACGCUUUGCAUUCUCCUUCUUCUGAAGAGAUCACGACUAGUGUUGCUUCUGUCGUGCCGUUUUGUACGGCUGCGAUGGCUGAGAUUCGAAAGCAUGCGUCGAUCUGUCGAGAGAAUGGAUCGAUAACUGAGGCUGAUGAAGUUUUGUCAGAAAAGAUGUUUAUCACUUGUUACAUGCUAAAUGAGAUUAUCGUGUCUGGAUGGGAUCGACCUGUUUCGGCUGCGUAUAGAGUUGUCGACGAUGAUAUGUGUAUCUUAGGCGACAGACUCCAACCACCCCAAGACAUAAAUCCCGCUUUAAGUCAUCUAUUUCGCCUACGCAAAAUCCAAGCGAGGAUUAGAAGAUCGAAGGAAAACUGGCCUCAAAGCCCGCUUAUCAAACAGGAUAAAAACCACAACUCUUCAUCCUCAUUCAAAUCAGCACUCGAUAUCUGGCGGCAGGAUAUCCCACGAUAUGGAUCCAAUAAUGUCCAAUACGGCUACUUACACCCUAGAUGGAUGCGGAAGCUGUAUGACUACAGUCUCUUGAUCCUAAUGGAAGGAAAGCGGGAUUUUGUCGAGGAUGGAGUGGACGAGUUCCUCGCUGCGAUUGUGGAUGUCUGUCUCAAUUUCCGAGUAUUGCAGGAAGAGGGGCAUGUAAUGUGUUACACCUGGUCUGCACUCGUCUUCCAGUUCCGCGCAGGAAUCAUGCUAUUAUAUAUCGCCUGGGCAACCAAGUCUAUGAAUGAUACCCGCAAAGCCAUUGACGCCUGUGCGAUGAAUCUAGCUGGCUUUGUGGAUCGUGGGACGGAUGCGAUGCCAUAUAUGAGGGUUUAUGAAUUCCUAAGACAGAAAGUCAUGUGGAAUUCCAGGAUCGAUGAGGCCGAGACCAAUAAUAUUGUCUUGUUGGAGGAGGCUGAGACCCAUUUGGAGCAGUUGAAGAAGGGAUACUUGCAUAGAGCGGUGUUGAGAAUGGUUGAGGAUAUUAUUUAUGGGGGAAAUAUUCAGGUGUUUGCCGAGGAAAUAUAG